UGUUGAGAAGGCGGCGUUGGCAGCUCUGACUGUUGGUAUUUACCUGUCAAGAGACGGAACAACGUUACCAGCCGAACAACGUGGAUUAUUUUUCUAGUUUCGACUAGCGAACUGCAAAAGAUUAUCUUCGCUGUCCAGCCAUGGGUAUGACCGGGGAGGCGUGGAGGGGAGAGGGGGGUUUAAAUUUAAAUUGGAAGUAAACGGUGCACCAGAGUAGAACCGAGCUGCGUUUCUAUACAUGUUUGACUGAGAUAAAGUUGUUGUUCAUCUUUGACAGAACAGCAGAAACUAUUUCGCGUAGGUUAGUUCGUUUUUCUUCAUAUAUAUACAUAGAUAUUUGGAGUUUUUGGUUUUCCCGAAGACCGGAGGUGGCGGACUGAAAGCGGCUCACCGAGUCGGGACUGACCACAGGAGUUGGUCCUGAAAAUGGAGGCUGUUAUUGAGAAGGAAUGCAGCGCGCUCGGAGGACUCUUCCAAACUGUUAUCGGAGACAUGAAAAGCAGCUACCCUAUCUGGGAGGACUUCAUCACCAAGGCUGGCAAACUGCAGUCGCAGCUCAGAGCGACAGUGGUUGCUGUGGCUGCCUUCCUGGAUGCCUUUCAAAAAGUUGCCGACCUUGCUACCAACUCACGAGGUGGGACCAGAGACAUUGGAUCAGCGUUGACCAGGAUGUGUAUGAGACAUCGCAGUAUAGAGACUAAACUCAAACAGUUCUCCAUGGGUUUCCUGGAGGGUCUGAUUAACCCUCUACAAGAACAGAUGGAGGAGUGGAAAAGGGGAGUAAAUACUUUGGACAAGGACCAUGCAAAAGAGUAUAAAAGAGCUCGGCAGGAAAUUAAGAAGAAGUCCUCGGACACACUGAAACUUCAGAAGAAAGCAAAGAAAGCUGAUAAUCUAGGUCGAGGUGAUAUCCAGCCCCAGUUGGACAGCGCCAUGCAGGAUGUCAGUGAUAAAUACAUUUUGCUGGAGGAGACAGAGAAACAGGCCCUGAGGAAGGCUCUUAUAGAGGAGAGACAGAGAUUCUGCUGUUUCGUAGCCAUGCUUCGGCCUGUAGUGGACGAGGAGAUAUCUAUGUUGGGAGAGGUCACCCAUCUCCAGGCCAUCUCUGAUGACCUCAAAGCCCUGACCUCUGACCCACACAAGCUUCCCCCUGCUAGUGAACAGGUGAUUUUGGACCUGAAGGGCUCGGACUAUGGCUGGUCAUAUCAAACGCCGCCCUCAUCCCCCAGCACCACCAUGUCUAGGAAAUCUAGCAUGUGCAGUAGUCUGAACAGCGUUAACAGUAGUGACUCCAGGGGAUCCAGUGGCUCUCACUCUCAUUCUCCUUCCUCCUCUUCUUCCUCCUCUUCCUCACACCACCUCUUCCACCACCAUCACCCCCACAAUCGGUACCGUAGCGCCACGCUACCGCAGCAGGCCCCAGCUCGGCUCUCUAGCAUCUCCUCCCACGACUCGGGCUUCAUUUCUUCAUCGCAAGACCAGUACACGUCGUCCAAAUCAUCCUCGCCUAUGCCAGCCGAAACAAAGCCUUGUCCCAGUUCCAGCUGCUCUGAGGUGUCAGAGACUGGGCAGGUUCACAGUGACUGCAACUCUCCCCCUUCUCUAGCUGCUGCUAGUGCACCUCAGCACACUACUGACAAGUUGUCCAAUGGUUUUGACCACUACAGUCCGGCCAGUUCCCCCUACCUGCAUAGCAACGGGGGGAGUUUGGGCUCAGUGUCAGGCACUGCCUUCCCGUUCUUCCCUCCUCCCUCCUCAUCCACCACCUCCUCCUCGUGCCCCACUCGUUCAUGGUCACGUCCCGCCUCAGCCUUGCUGCCAGACUACCCUCACUACUGCACAAUGGGCUCUCCCAUGGUGCCUUCAUCUCGAGUCCCCAGCUGGAAGGACUGGGCGAAGCCAGGGCCUUAUGACCAGCCCAUGGUCAACACACUAAGGAGGAAGAAAGACAAGGACACCCCAGCUGUAAUAGACACUAAUGGGAGUAUGAACAUUGACAGCAGCCAAUCCUCAGUCCCAGCCUUGAUCUCGACCUCAACACAGGCUCCGGCUAUGCUACAAACACCAAGCUCAUUGGCCUCAGUGGAAGAGAAGAGCAGGACUGUGGCUGCACCUCUCAAGGCUGGUGACAUUGAGGCCCAUGAGGAACUGGCUCUGGCCUUAUCCAGAGGUCUGGAGCUGGACACCCAGAGGUCCAGUAGAGACUCCAUCCAGUGCUCCAGUGGCUACAGCACGCAGACCAACACGCCCUGCUGCUCAGAAGACACUAUACCUUCACAAGUAUCAGAUUAUGACUAUUUCUCAAUGGCUGGAGAUCAGGAGCCUGAGCAGCAGCAGUCUGACUUUGACAAGUCCUCCACCAUCCCCAGAAACAGUGACAUCAGUCAGUCCUACCGACGCAUGUUCCAGACCAAACGCCCAGCCUCCACAGCUGGCCUGCCCAGCACACAGGCUCCUUAUCCCGGACAGGGGGCCCACACUGCAGGGCCCUAUCCCCCCACACCUAUCCACACAGGAGCUUAUCCAACUACCGCUACUGGGGUUUAUCCUUCUACCCCUACAGGUCACGGUCCAGUUAUUGUCACCCCGGGGGUUGCCACAAUCCGCCGCACCCCCUCUUCAAAACCUUCUGCUCGCCGUUCAGGCUCUGUUGUGGGUGGAGGCCCCAUCCCUAUUCGUACACCCGUCGUCCCAGUAAAAAUCCCAACGGUGCCCGAUAUGUCAGGAGCAGUUAAUGGGAGCAGGAGUGCACAGGAGAUGGGAGGAGGAGGAGGAGGAGAAAGCCCAGAUUCUCCAACAUUUGCAGGUGGGGCGGACGCUGGCUCAUUGCCUGUGAUGUCCUGGAGUGGUCAGGCUAAAACCAACCCUCCCACCAGCCAGCUGACCCAGCCGCACCUUCAGAGUGAGAUUGGGCCAGAAGGAGGAGGAGAGGAGGCAGGAGAAGGGGGAGAAGGAAACAUGCUGGUGGCCAUACGCAAGGGGGUCAAACUCAAGAGAACCCUCACCAACGAUCGAUCUGCACCACGCAUUGCAUGAUAAGAUUAUCACAAUAUGCAGACGUGGGCCAUAAGAAACAUGCGAUCACGUCAUAGAAGUGAUCUCCUUCAUUAUAUUUGUAAAUGAGGUUAAAGGCUUUACAGAAAAUGUUGCGGAUAGAAAUGCAAUGUACAGAAUCAAAAGGCUUCUUAUGCUAGUAUGAGAAAUCACUGGCACCUGUUCUACAUUUCUCACCCUGUAAAUUUUCAUCUGUGAGAAUCUAUAGAUAUGCAAGGUGCAAGUAUUCGUAUUUGGCUUAUGAUGCAUCAGAUAAGUUUGUUAAAAUAUUGGUUUAGACCUGAAGUGGAUCACAGGCCCACUUGGGGUAGUUCCUUGUAUAAGCUGAAUAAUUGCAUGAGCCUGUGCGAGUAAGAGGUAAAGACCCAAUUUCUUACAUAGGUCCUUGAAAAAAAAGGAUUCUGGCCUAAGCACUAAAAUGUAUUCCCAAAUCCGAGCCCACAGCUGUGUAAUCAAAGUAAACACGAGAAUGUUUUUGCUAAUAACAAGGACAGAACAGCAUUACAGCACAGUAUUGUCAUUUCUUUAAGAGGACGGUAAAGACGUACUCAACAUGCCUUUAUCCAUUAUCACCCCUGAAGCUAAGGGACGGACAAGGACAAUGUGUAUGCCCCUCCUCAGUGUAAAAAACACUGUAUUAUAUGUCUAAACACUUAUCCUUCCGGAGUGCAUUGUACCAUCGAGGGACAAAUAACCAUUUUUACUACAUAGUGACUUUGCAAAAGAAGCGCAAUAACCACUGCAAGUACAACACAAUGUCAAGAGAGCAAUAUUCAAGUGCACUAGAAAGCAAUGGCUCGCUUUGGCAGCUCCUGAAUUGCAUUGACUGUUUACUUGGAGAGACACCCUGAUGGCUGUAUGAAGGUGCUGUGUUGUGAAAGCUGUCUUCCACUCAUAGUUGAAAUACUAAGAAAAAAUGGGAUGUCCACAGAGCCAAUAUUGGCAGGGGUAUGAACAAUAAAGAAAGCUCCUCAGAGGCACAGGAACUGACUGUGUUGCACCCAAGUCAAAGCUAAAGGAGACUCCGGUGUGACUAAAGCGUCACAUGGCUGAUGACUUACGUUCUGUUUUGUUUUAAUUGUUGUAAUAUUUACAUGAUUUGUAAAUAUUUUUGCAUGUCUCUGUUGCUGAGGAGUGUGUCGGUGCUUCUUGCUCUUUGUACCUUGGCUGUAUUUCCACCUGCUCCCCAGUGCCAAAAUCAGUCAGUUUCACAUCUUUAAACAGGAUGUUUAUUGAUGUGUACGUAAUGAUCAUCAUACCCCACUGCCUUGAGAUGUGAAUCGGUUUUCUUUUUCAUAAUCUGUUAAUCUGCAGCAUCUACAUGCUGAGUUUCGUAGAACUCCUCAGCGGUUUGUGGUUAUAUAUUAAUCAUUAUAUACUCUAUUAGCCACUUCUUUUUUUUUUUUGUCUUGCAGGUUUUUUAGUAGCCACACUGCAACCUGUGUGCAUUGAUUGGACUUAACAUUGCUAAUAAAUGUCAAAGUACAGAUGUGCCAAAAAACAACAUUAUUUCAAAUUUGUAUAUAUAUUAUUAAACAUUUUAUAGAAGUUAAUGAGGCAAAAUAUUUUUGAUGUUUUGAAGGUUAUGAGUUAAAAGCUAUAAUUGUUAAUGCCAUACUGUUUUUAUUGUUCUGUCUGGUUGCUGUUAUUGAACUCUUUCCUCUUUGAAACGCAUGUAGCGUGCAUGCAUCCUUCUGAUUAAUUAGAUUUUAACAUGUCUUCUCCAAUGUUGGUGUUUUUUUUUUUUUUUUUGGUUGUUGUUUUUUGUAAUAGCUUCAAAGUUGACAAGUCCGGUCCAAACAGACAAUGUAUAAUUUAAGAUAUACAUCAUUAUAGGUACAUUUUAAAAUAUUAUUUUUUUUAUCUGGACAAUAAGAUGUUUUGAAGAAAUGAGGCUUUUCCUCAGACUGCAGCGUUGUAUGACUAAAGGCUAAAAGCUAUUGGCGUCACUGAGUUAUUGUCCGCAUUUUAAUUUUCUUUUCAGUUCAAGCACUGUGAGACCAUGGCUACUACGAGGUAUAUGAAAGUGUAAAUAAUUAGCUGUGCAAGUUAGUCCAGGAACUUGCACGUUUUUUUUAAUUUAUUUUCUUUCUCAGUCGUUAAAUCUCUUUUACUUUCUCAACCUAUCUCUAUUUUUAUACUUAUAUAAACUAUCAGUGUAAUAGAUCCGUUUCCCUCCAUCCACGCGUGUGUAACCUGGUGAUGUGUUGUACAUCGGAUUUUAGCAGUGAAAUGACUGUCCCGCUACGGUUCGUUUAAGUCCCUUAUUUCUCACACACUCAUGCAUAAACUGCAUUUCAAUAAUCACAUUAAUGCAGAGAUUUAAAUCAGUAUUAUGAGUGUAGAUUUUGGGAUGGCACAGAGCUGCGUCCACCUCACUUCAUGCAAAGUAUAUUUUGUUCUGAAUGGUUACACCUAUAUCUUUUUAUCGUUGAAAGUUAUGGAUACUUUCUGGUUGUACUUAUUUGGGAGUGACUGAACUGUAAGUGGACUAACAACAACCCUGCUUCUAAGUUCGUUGGAAGAGAUGGCUACGUGCAAACUUAAAACGUUAAACUAAAAUGUAAACUCGGUUUUGAGCAAUUGAUUUCAGGUAAAAUAUUAUAGAACAAUUUAUCUCGUAGACAUUUUACUUUAUUAGAUUUGAACAAAUAGCACACUGCCCACAAAGUCUGGCCUUUCUGGAGUCGUAUGACCUGAGUUCCCCAUAGACAUCUUAGCAUGAAAAAAUCCAGUUUGUUUAUAUAUUUUCAACAUGUUUAUUAUGCAUUUAAUGUAACAGAGAGAUACAAAAGGAGGGAAGACCGCAAAAGAAGUGAUGACAAAAACAACACACAUAAUCUCUGUGCCUGAAUUAAACCCAUAGUGUGGGUGGAUGCACCACAAACCUUAUUUUCAUAUUAAAAAAUUACACCUUUUCUGUUCAACUUCAAAAGAGCUUCAAUAUCACUGCUUAGAUGUUUUGGGAAACCCAGCAUUCGGUUCUUGAUAUUGUUGAUGAUGUUAAUAUUUUUUGUUUGUUUUUUGGCCGUCCACCUGUCUAAAAUUUGUAUAGUCAACCUGUAAUUUUCUUAUUUAAAUUGCUAGCAUAAAUAUAUAUUAUAUCAGAGCUGCCAAAUGUCACUAUGUCCUAUGAAUAAGAAGUUAAUAGUUUGUGAGGGUUUGAAAGUACAGUUAAACCGGGUUUCUAGUUUAGUUUUUAGCUUACUUUUCCCCCGGAGGAGAGUUGACCUCUCUAUCAGUCCCUGUACAGUUCAAGAGGCUACGAUGCAGUUCAUUUCAGGAAGAAAAAGGUUGUAAUUUUUUGUGUAAUGACAGC